UUAAACAAUCACAACAAAAAGAGUAAGUAAUUUCGUUAGUUUUGUUCAUUUUUUGAGAUUGUAGUGCAAUUUUAUGUGUGAAACCUUAAUUUUGUUCAUUUUGUUGCGAUUGUAGUGCGAUUUUGCAAAAAACCACUACAGAGAAGAACAUGCAAGAAGAAACUGCAAAAUCGGAGCAAAAUGUAUCUAAAGAUAUGAUUUUGGAGAAGAAUACUUCAGAGACGAGUAAUUUGUUGAAAAUUUCUGAAGAAAUAGACGAUGAUGAUGAUGUACCUCUUCAGUCAAGAGUAGACAAAUUGAAAAAAAACCGCCAAAAUGAUCCAAUUGUAGAUCCGGAACUUUUAAAAGAUAUUGACAAGUCAAUUGGUACGGAUUUAACAAUGUCUCCACUACCAAGUGAACAAAGUGAGAACAUUCCUGCUACUAAUGCAACAACUAAGAGUGUGUCUGCUACACAUAACACAACUGACAAAGAGAGUAGGGAUGAAAGCAAGCAAGAAGAAGUUCAACCAAAAGUGCAAAGCAAUCCAGUAAAGAAUAGUCUUGGCCAAAAAAAACCCAAAGAUGAUUCAAGAAUAACAACAUUAAAGGACAAGAUGCAAGAAAUACAUUUAGACAUAGAGAGAAACCCAAAGAAGUACAAAGAAUCGACAAUCAGAAUUAUGAGAAAUCUCAAAAGAAUGGAAAAGGCAAGCAAGGAAAUCAGGAAAGGUGAAGCAAAAAAGAAAGAAAAAGGGCCAAUAGAAGAGAAAACUGUGGAAAAAGAAGGACAAGAAGGAAAAAAAGGGACUGAAAAAGAGAAAAGCCCUAAAGACAAAACUGUGGAAGAUGUCUUUCCAAAGACAACAAAUGUAGAAGAAGGACAAGAGGGAAAAAAAGAGCCUGAAAAGGAGAAAAUCCCUAAAGAGAAAACAGUGGAAGAUGAGUCUACAAAGACAACGAAUCCGAAAGGUAAAUAG